GGUCUCGUCUCCCACUCUCCCCAACAUCUCCGUCGCACCUGAUACCUUCCCUCUCCUUGCCUUCGCCUGGUGAGUUCCCCUCACCGCCGUGGACGCGAAAACCGUCGCUUCGCUUCCCAACAGAUAACACCGCCCGGCAGCGGCCGGGCCCGGCGCCAGCCGAGCUCUAGGCCCGGGCCCGCGGCCCCAACCCUAGCUCCCUCCCGCAGCCCCGGAGGCGGCGCGGGCGGCGGGGGCAGCCGCGAUGCUGUUCCAGGUGGGAGGGCAGGGCGCGCGGCCCACCUUCUUCGAGAUGUCGGCCGCGCAGCAGCUUCCCGCCAGCCUCCGCGCCGCGCUCACCUACUCGCUCGGGGUUUUUGCACUAAGAAGGCCAAUACUACACAAAGUUUUAGAUUAUGAAGAUGAAUUCUUUGCUUUGUUAAUGGGUGUCCUUGAGUCUCAUAGUCUACGGACAACAGCAAACCCCACUUGGAUGCAGCUAUUGGGACAAGAAAUUUCAUGCAGCAAUGGUUCUUUUUCAGAGUCAUUAUAUGGUCUCAGGAGGAGACCUGUUAAGGUUUCAGUGAAGAGAAAGAGCCCUGGUACAGAAUCCAGUGACAAAGUCUAUGAUUCUGCACUAAGGAAGCGUCAGAAAAUCCUCUCGGUGGUUUUCUUGGUUGUUUUGCCAUAUUUUAAGUCAAAGUUGCAGUCUAUAUACAAUAAAGAAAGGGAAGCCAGGUUGCAGGCAACUCUUUGGGGUCAGGAUGAUGUGAGGUUUGAUGAAGAUGGCUUCGUAUUAAAUCAGGAGCAGACUUCCCAAGCACAGAAUGACCCUACAACCGGAGAAGUGUCAAACUUGACACGUUUUAAGAAGAACUUUGCUUCACUCAUAGGUGUUUGCUAUCCAUGGAUUCAUGCAACUAAUGAAGGUCUCUCGUUUGCAUACCAGCUGCUAUAUUUGUUGGAUGCCACUGCUUUUUAUAGUCCAGCACUGCAUGUGCUAGGGCUUCACGUUUGUCGUGCUACUGGACAAGAGCUGAUGGAUUCAUCUUCUAGGAUAUCAAGGAUUAGAAAUCGUGAACUUAAGAGACUUCGUGGUCCUCCAUGGUUGAAGGCUGUGCAACGGGUGUUCCUUAGUUGUAUAUAUACAACUCUAGAUUAUGCACAAACAGGUUUAAUUGCUGCAGUCUUCUUUUUCAAGAUGAUGGAGUGGUGGUACCAAUCCGCUGAAGAAAGAAUGUCAGCUCCGACUGUAUACCCACCGCCGCCUCCACCACCAACUCCAAAGGUUGCCAAAGACGGAAUCCCCUUGCCAACUGACAAAACGCUCUGCCCCCUGUGCUGCCAGAAGCGCGCCAACCCCUCUGUUCUUUCUGUUUCUGGUUUUGUAUUUUGCUACAGCUGCAUAUUCAAGUCCGUCUCUCAGCAUAAAAGGUGCCCUGUCACGCUGAUGCCUGCCACUGUUGAACAAAUUAGUCGCCUCUUCAAUGAUUUGUAGCCAUGAAUAUACACAACACUUGAAUUUUUGCUGAGGAACAGGAGGAAGUCAGCAUAUAAAAAACAUAUAGCGCAACCACUGCUUUGUCCAACCACAAGAGUACUUGGUUUGAAUCUCACCUUUUGAUACUCAAGCACGAUACACAGAUGGCCCAAUUCUUCUCGUUUUAGGAAAAUUGAUUUGUUCUCAUACUCCUGUACUUUUCUUUUUGUGGUUCAUUGAGAAUUGAAGCUUUGGUAAUUUUUGGCUAGGGUUUAUAAUUUGUUGUUAGGUGAUACAGCACAGAUGAGGUAACUAUAACCAGUUAGGUCAUGUGAAGGUUCUGCACAUCUCUUUGUAAAAGUUUGGUUGUAAUUUGGUAAUAACUCUGUUAUGUUUUUAACGCCACAUUGCUUUCUCUUCGGAGCAAACUUCA